ACUACCAAUUUAGUCAAAAUGGAUUCUUGAGAAAAUAAAGUAACUUUACACUUUGACAGUAUCAGUUUGGAGUAUAACUUUUGUUGGGUGUUGCAGAAAGCAGAAGAAAGGGAUAGAUUACACUAGCCCUUUAUUCCUUCCCAUAUCCUAACUCAAACUCAGCAACAAAGUCGAGAAAAAAACUGAUCUUCAUGUGAAAUAAUUUUCUGGGCUUUGCGUAAAUCGAAGAAAGAUGGGAUUUUUGGUGGGAUAUGUGCUGGGUUUUGCUUUUGGAGUUAGUAUGAUCGUGGGUUAUGCUCGCCACCAGCUUACCAGAUCAAAACGGCGAACUGAUUUGGCGGCUGCAGUUGCAUCUUUUGCCAGGAUGACUGUUCUUGAUUCAAGAAAGCUCCUUCCAGACAAACUUUGCCCUUCUUGGGUUGUCUUCUCAGAGAGACAGAAGUUAAAUUGGCUCAAUAGCCACCUUGACAAACUUUGGCCUUACAUCGAUGAGGCAGCAUCCCUAGUAAUAAAAUCGUCGGUUCAGCCAGUUCUCGAGCAAUAUAAAUCUGCAAUUUUGGUAUCUCUCAACUUUUCUAAGUUGACUCUUGGCACCGUCGCACCACAAUUCACAGGAGUAUCCAUAGUUGAUGGUGAGCCCGACGAGGUUAUCAUGGAGUUGGAGCUGCAGUGGGACGGAAAUCCGAAGAUUGUUCUUGAUAUCAAGACCAGAGUUGGUAUUUCACUACCUAUAGAGGUGAAAAAUAUUGGAUUUACUGGGGUGUUCAGGAUAAUAUUCAAACCAUUAGUUGACGAGUUACCUUGUUUUGGAGCUCUUUGUUAUUCAUUGAGAGAAAAGAAAAAACUAGACUUCACGCUGAAAGUAGUCGGUGGAGAUCUCUCAUCAAUUCCAGGCAUAUCUGAUGCUCUUGAGGAAACAAUACGAGAUGCUGUGGAAGAUUCUAUCACAUGGCCAGUCCGUAAAAUCAUACCCAUAGUACCUGGAGAUUACAGUUAUCUAGAAUUGAGGCAAGUGGGGAUUUUGGAGGUGAAGCUUAUAGAAGCUAAGGAUUUAACAAAUAAAGACAUCAUUGGCAAGUCUGAUCCGUUUGUUGAGUUAUUCAUUCGUCCACUACGUGACAGGCUAAAAACCAGCAAAACAAUUGACAACCAAACGAAUCCAAUCUGGAACGAGAGCUUUGAAUUUUCUGUGGAGGAUGUAUCCACCCAAAAUUUGACAUUAAGAGUUUAUGACAACGAAGGGAUUCAAGCUGCUGAGUUGAUUGGUUGUGCUCGACUGCCAUUGAGUGAGCUCGAGGCUGGUAAGGUGAAAGAUGUAUGGCUGAAACUGGUGAAGGACCUCGAGGUCCAACGAGACCAGAAGAACAGGGGUCAGGUGCAUCUGGAGAUCCUGUACUAUCCUCUGAACGCGAGUAGUGAAUUGUAUAAUCCUUUCAACUCUGAAUCUGGAAUGACGAUGAUGGAGAAGGUCUACAAACACGCCAAUGAAACAGUGGAUUCGUUGGCAUCUGCUUCCCAGCUGAAAAAGGAAGUCAUUAUCAGAGGAGUUCUUUCUGUCACAGUGAUCUCUGCAGAGAACUUGCCAGCUACCGAUCUAACGGGAAAGUCCGAUCCUUUUGUGAUGCUAAAACUCAAAAAGUCUGAACAGAAGGAGAAAACAAGGGUGGUGAAUAAUACGUUGAAUCCAGUUUGGAAUCAGACAUUCGAGUUUGUUGUUGAGGACGGGUUGCACGAGUUACUAAUUUUGGAAGUUUAUGACCAUGAUUUAUUCGGGAAGGAUAAAAUUGGAAGAUGCAUCAUGACGCUGACCCGGGCUAUACUGGAAGGAGAAUUUAAAGAGAGUUUUCCGCUCGAUGGCACUGAGUCUGGAAGGUUGAAUGUGCUUGUCAAAUGGGCGCCACAAACGAUUACUCGAGAUUAAACGAGCCUGAGCCUAAGUCUUCUACUGGUAAGCCAACAAGUAGCAGGAAAACUGGGAUCAAUGUAUAUGUUUUCGAUCAUUAUAUUAUGUCAGUUAAACCAACGGUUUUUUGGUAUUUCUUCUUUUUGGAGGGAAAGAGGUUGUGCAUUGAGAAAACUUCAUAGCUCUGUAAAUUUUACUACAAGGUUGAUGCAGGUUACUUGUAAACAAAAUUCUCAUGCAAUUCAUUUUCUUUUCUUUUUUU